GAUAAAAGAACACAAUAACAAACCCAAAAAAUCAGGAUUCAUACGCGGUUUUUCCUCAAAAAAACAAGAAAUAUAAUUUCAGUAAUUGACCUCCAAUUUUUCUCUCUCUCUCACUCUCUCUAUUUUGGAAACAAAAGAGAGAAGAAGUGUUUGUCUAUGAGAGAAGUUGGAUUAACCAAUUUCCCCAGUUGACUCUUAAGAGCCUUCCUAUCAUCUCUCAUUUGCUCUGCACGUUAUACAAGUUUUCUUUAUCGAUUUUCCUACCUUUUAAAAAAAUCAAAAUAAACAAAAUUUCAUUUUAAUAUUAAUCUUGAUUCGGAAAUCUUGAAUGCUCUUGUUCUUCUUCCUCCUUCUGCAAUAUUUUAAUCAAAUCUAUUAUUAUAUUAUUGUCAUUCAACAAUUUCUUGCGUCAUCAAAUAUUAAUUUUUGUUUUUCAAUUGUCAAAACCAAGAAAGUUGACCUGGUACAAUCAUUAUUUUAUUUCUUAUUGUUGUCUUUUUCUUCAAUCUUGUAUAAAACUUGUCAUUACUCGACAUUAGAAAUGGCAAUUGGGGCAUGUUUUGGCGUGGCUCCUUUCUUUUCUCGCAGGAAGCAUAGUACAAUAUUUGAGGAAGAAGACAUGAAAGAGACAAAGAAAAGACCUGUUCUUGAAAAAAAUAAAACACCUGCUAUCGCAAUAUCAAAAAGUUUUAAAUCAAGCAAAGGUUCGACGGUGCGCAAUUCAUGUAGAGUAGCAGGAAACUUCAUAAUAAUGACUGAGCUUAGGAACAAGAUCCUCACCUUGAGAGACUUGCUUGACUUGUCUCCUUGCAUUGGCUCUGCAUCAGUAAAUGAGCUGCUGAUUUUGACGCUGAAAGAUCUGCAACAAUUGUAUCCUUCAAUCAAUCCAUCUAUUUCUUUGUCAAAAAUUGAUGAAGCAUCGAUGCAUCAGGCACUGCAAUGCUUUUUUGAUACUAUCAUAUCAAUUGGGGAAAUGUGGACAGGCAAUGAUGAGUGGAUGGUAAAAUGCAAGGAGGAUUCAGUCAGUAAACUAGACAAUUUAGAAUACUAUGGAGUUUUAUUGCUCGAAGAUAUGAUUAAGCUAGCGAGUGAAAGGAUGUUCGAUAUGAUGGAUGAGGAUGAUGAGGAUGACGAUGACCAGAUAAGAGAUGAACGUCCAUCAUUCAACACAUUUGGAAGGGUUCUUUCUGAAUCUUACUCGAGCGCCAAAUCCUCCCUCUCGAGCACUCCAGUCACCCCAACUUCAGUUCUCCCUGGGUUAAUGAGCAAUGCUUCAAAGAAGAAUACAAAGGCAUCAUACUCUCCACCUCUUCUUCUGCCACUCAGGGUUCAAGCAAUUGGCAAGCUGAAUCCUAUUGAUGUAAAGCGCCUCUCUUUCCACAUGUUCCCUCAUGUAGCAGCUCAAGAUUCAAAUUUUGUGGUUCAGCUAACAAGCGCAGAAGCAAAGAAAGAUUCUGAAGUGAAAGCCAAAGAUGAUCGUGAAUUUGGGCAAGAUAGUGAAAUGACAGACAUGCCGGAUAUUCUACUGACUAGUAUGGAUGAUGAAUCAGAAAAUAAAGGAACAUAUAAAACUGGUGCUAAAAAUACUCCAGUGUCAGGACAUGUUACCUUGGAUGUGCUUUUACCUCCUUCUUCGCUUCCUGAAACGCGAAGAGAACAAGGAGCAGAGCCACAAUCACCGCUCACUUUAUCGUUGAAGGUCAUAGACUCAGAAAAAACAGCAUCUCCUCUGCAGAUUUCUUUGCACUCAUCAGAUGGGGAUAUAUCAAGACCAUCAUCACCAAUGGCCCAGUCACAACCCCCACCAUUAUCAACGAAUCAGCCAUCUACUUUUGCACCAGCAGCGCCACAACCACCACCUCCACCUCCACCGCCACCAGUACCCACUUCAUCAGGGAAUGCAGAAGGGUCACAGCCUGCACCACUGUUAAGACAGCUAAGUGGUGCUCCACUGCCUCCUCCUCCUCCUACCAUGACAUCAGCUAAUGUAGCAAUGCCACANUGA